UUUGAUCUCAGAGCUUCUUUGCUGUGCUCCACAGUUCAGAGUGUGUAAAGAUGGCCGUGUUACCGUAUGUCGUGUUUUUUGUUGCUGUUGCGUUUAAUUUUUCUGCAGCUCAAAAUGAUUUCUCAAAGCUCCCAGAAUCCUACAAGAAGGGCGUGAUACUCGCAGAGGCACAAGUUAACUCACAUACUAGUGUCCAGACCCACUUCCUUUUCUUCAAAAGCCUAGCACAGUCCAGCAUCGAGGCAGGAUUUAAUGUAAACUACUUUUACCAUCACUUUUACCUCAAAGCCACUAAAUGCCCUCGUGGAGCUGAAAACGCUGACUUGAAGAAGUGUCCAUUCCGAAACGACAGACCGGUGAUUGACUGUGCCGUCUGCUACAAGACGUUGGAGGGGGAGAUUCAGAUGGAACCAAAAGCAUACAUACACUGUGUCCAUAAACCCUUGCUAACAAAGGAGAUGGAGUCGUCUCGGACAGAGCACUGUAAAAAAAUGUCUUUCAGCAGUGGAUCUAUGACUCUCCUGGCCUCGACUGGAUCAGAUUAACAAUGUGUGGAUGUAAAUGUUAUGUUCUUUAGCUGAUUUGCAAAUAAUCAGUGAUCGGUUAUCAUUAAUUGAGUUAAGUUAACUACAAACUAACAAUAUAGUAAGCAAGCUAAACAACAAACUACAAUUAGAGAAAACAGGCUGAAUAACAAAUUAGCAUUAUCAUGUACAGGCUAAACUACAGUAAUAGCAAGCAAGCUAAGCUACGAACUACAAUUAGAGUAAACAAUCUAAUCUACAAACUACUAUUAUAGUGAACAGGCUAAACCACAAAUUAGAAUUAUAGUGAACAUGCUAGCUCACAAACUACUAUUAUAGUGAACAGGCUAAACCACAAACUAGCAUUAGAGUAAACAGGCUAAUCUGCAGUUACAAACUAUAAACUAGCAUAAUAGUGAACAGGCUAGACUACAAACUAGCAGUGAACAGACUAUGGACCUGAACAUUGAAAUGCACUAAAGAAUGAACCAAAAUGAACAAAAGAUUUUAAUCAUUAUUGAUUCAGCAUUAAGAACACUUAAUCUAUUGGAUACUGUGCCAUCAUAUCAACAAACAAAGCAAGAACUACCUCUUAUGUACUUUAUUACGGUAAAAAAAACAAAUAUUUCCACAAAGACAUUAUGUAUGUAUAUAUUUCAGACAACAAAUAAAUAAAAAUAUUUAAAAAAAAAUAAAGAAAUGAAAAAAAUGAUUUCAUGUAAUAAAAAAUAAAAAUAAUAAUAAUAACAACAAUAAUUAAAAGAAAUGUUUAAGAAAUAAAGAAAUAAUAAAGGAUAUUCAAACAUAAAUAAUACAAGUUAGAUUUUUUUUAUCUAACUUUAUCUUUUUAUUUUUUUUCACACUGAGUGAUAUUUUGUAAUUCAUACAGUUCAUGUUAAAUGUUUAAUGAUGAUGACAUCAGUAAUAAAGACCCUUUUUAUCCCUA